CCCACCGCUUUUUUCUAUUUUGUUCGUGUUCCCCAUUAUUCCCAUCUCUCUCUUUUCUCUUUCUAGUCUAGAUACAUACAACGCAUGGAUUUGGUGCAAAUUUUACUGCUAGCCCUGGUUGGAUUAUCUGCUUUGGUUUUCCUGAUUCUCGACACCCUCGAUUCGCAUCAAUCUUCGAAACAGAGCGGCUCUGAUUUAGUAAUUGCGAGGAGAGGAGAAGUUGAAAGUGUCGGUGCGGGUGAGAAGCGGCUGGAAUCGGAGGGUAAUCGGAUCAAUGAUGAUUGGGAUUGGGAGGGAGUUGAGAGAAGCGAAUUGGAGAAGAUAUUUGGUGAGGCUAUGGUUUAUGUGGAAUCAUGUCAAAGCAUUGGUGAAGAUGUGAAGCUGCAGCUCUAUGGGCUUCAGAAGGCUGCUCUUCAAGGGCCUUGCUAUGGAUCGCGGCCCACUGCAUUGCACCUAUCUGCUCGAUCCAAAUGGAACGCUUGGAAGAAGGUAGGGAGUAUAAGUGAGGAGAUAGCGAUGGAGAAAUAUAUAGCCACAUUGUCGGAGGCAAUUCCUGAUUGGAAAAAGGGUGAAAGAGAUGAAGCUGUGAGUUGACUGUAAUUGAUCAUCAAUAUUGGCUGAAUGUUGAUAAUUGAUGAACAUAAUGCAGGGGGUGUAUAUAUAUAUAUAUAAAUAUAUAUUAGAAUAAUUGAUAGAUUAGUCAUAAUAAUUAUGUGAAGGGAAACGAGUCAUUUUCUCUUGAUCUACUGUUUCAAUCUGAUUGGCAUAUCUUACCCCCCCUAUCUACCUAGCAAUGGAGGGGAAAAAAGAUGUGCAUUAUUCAAUUAUUUUUUUACUCCAUUUAAUUUUAAUUUUUAUUUUCUCA